UGUCGCUGCUGCUGCCCGCGACCCCCAUCGGGCCAGUAGUCUCUCCGGCCGACUCACCUUGGCGACUCGGCAGGAGGCUUUGAUCCCUAGAGCGGACACCAGUCCCGCGCUUAGCGGUUCGGCUGGUGGAGAGGUCGGGCUCCGGGCUCUCCGGUCCCGCCUGGCGACCUCGCCUGGGGUCCUCGCCUGGGUUGGGGCGGGCGGCAGCGGCGCCCCGGCAUGGCCUCGGCGGGCAGCGGCAUGGAGGAGGUGCGCGUGUCGGUGCUGACCCCGCUGAAGCUGGUCGGGCUGGUGUGCAUCUUCCUGGCGCUGUGUCUGGACCUGGGAGCCGUGCUGAGCCCGGCCUGGGUCACGGCCGACCACCAGUACUACCUGUCCUUGUGGGAGUCCUGCCGGAAGCCCGCCAGCCUGGACAUCUGGCACUGCGAGUCCACGCUCAGCAGCGACUGGCAGAUUGCUACUCUGGCUUUGCUCCUGGGUGGUGCUGCCAUCAUUCUCAUUGCAUUCCUGGUGGGUUUGAUUUCCAUCUGCGUGGGAUCUCGAAGGCGCUUCUACAGACCUGUUGCUGUUAUGCUCUUUGCAGCAGUUGUUUUACAGGUUUGCAGUCUGGUCCUUUACCCAAUCAAGUUCAUUGAAACUGUGAGCUUGAAAAUUUACCAUGAGUUCAACUGGGGUUAUGGUCUGGCCUGGGGUGCCACUAUAUUUUCAUUCGGGGGUGCCAUCCUUUAUUGCCUGAACCCUAAGAACUAUGAAGACUACUACUAAGCCAAGUCUCAAGAUAACGAGAAAGAAAACAACCACCCAACAAAAGAUUUAUGUCUUCAUCUUUUCUAACUCACUAUUUUCUAAAACACUUGUAGAGCAUCAAGCAGUUUACUCAGUUGAUUUAAUACCCAUUGCCUUUUGGCUAUCAACAUCAUAACCAGCUUUUACAUUCAUUUUAGGGACCUGCACAAAUUAAGAGAGCUGAUUAGACAUAGGCAAAUGCUGCAAACUUCCAUUAUGUUCAUGUCAUUUUUCUUGACAAGUGAAGGGUCUGUAUGACAGCAACCAUUGUGAGAAACUAGUUGGAAUGAAAAUUGACUGAAUCUUUUAUCGCCUGCAGGGUAGCAGCUGGCAUAAGCAACAUUCAGAUGUUCCUUUGCACUGACACAUAUUCUACUGUUCAGAGCCCUUAUCACCUGUUUAUUCACCCAGUGACUUCACUGGCUAUUGGUUAUUGCUCAAGUGAUCUCUUGAAAAGUGACCUGCUCUUUAGGCAUCUAAUGGGAGUUGUGAAUAUAACUGGUUAACAAUACAAAUUCCACCUUCAGGAAUACUCUUUAUAAUGGGAGGUUAUACUCUGACAAUCAACAUCUCCCUGGAAAGGAAUUCAAGACUUGGAGCCAUGUGUUUUUUACCAUGUGGUUAGAAAUCAUGCCUCCUUCUCAUCUAAAAUGGAAGAAAAUUAAGGGUCUCUGCUUUCCCUGAGGCAAUCAGAAAGAAAUAUGCAUGAGCUACUUUUGUGCCCUUUAAAUAAUUUACCAAACAUUGCAGCAAACAUUUGUGCAUAUGUAAGAAGCUUAAUUUUUUUAAAUAGGUGAACAUUAGUAUAAAUGGUAAUAAGCUGUUUCUUGGCCCUCCACAUACAUUUACUAAUCACACAUAUAAUUCAUAUUUGCUCUAGUGAAGUGGUUUGAACACUAACCUUGUACACAUCAUCAAGAGGCUUAGAUUGGUAUUCACACUUACUUGCCAUACAAAAAUACAUAUACCUUAAAGCUUUUGCUCUAUGUUCUCUACUGUUUUCACUGGAAAGUGUUAAUAGAAUUGCCUAAGAAGAAAAACUGAAAUGAUAUUAAUCUGAAAAUUAAUGAUUCUUCUGUAAGCACUGUAGUUCAAAAGAGAAGUAGCAAUUAGGAUGAUCACUUUGUGUGAAAUUUAUUAAAAUACCAGGCUGCUGCUAUUUUUGCAAGUAUUUUAAAUGUCUUCAUUUUUAAAAGCCCAGAAAUAGUGAUAGAUUUAUAGAAAUGUUUAAAUGUCUCAGUAGAGGAAUAGAAUUUAUUUGGUUAUCACCAGGUCCUCUGAAGUGAACUGACGGGCUAACUGAUUUGUGCACACAAGUAUAAUGGAUUUUUGUUAGGGAAAUCACUUACUGACUAUUCCAAGGGAAGGAAAUAUCAACAAUAGGGACUAAGUUUGCAACUAAUCUCAUAUUGCAAACUUGUGUUAAUUCUGUUUAAUACACAAAUUUGAAUAGUUUAAUUAUAAACCUAUUUUUAUAUAAAAUAUACAAUUCUAAUAUGAAAGUUAUAAAUAAUUAUUUUUGUUAACAAAGACACUGAAAUAAUAUGUUCUAGUUUGGCCCUCUUACCGAAAGAAGCAUUGGAAAAUGAGGAAACAAAUAUACCAACAACUUGCUAUUGUAUUACAAAAUCCAUUACAAGCAGGACCACAUCAAUAGUAUUUAAUAAUUUGCUUUACCUCCCAGAGCAGAGUUCUGCUUUCAGAUUGUCUUAAAAAUAAUUGCCAAAAAACACAGCCCUCCCCCCUCAAAAGAACCUAUUUUAUUAUCCAACUGCCAAAAAACCACUUGUGAAUUUUCUAUAGAAUCAUAAAGUAAAUACAAAGUACCAGGCCAAUUCUUAUUUUUAGUAAUGAUAGACAAAUGAUUAAAUGUGUCCUAGAAAGAAACUUUUAUAAAAGUAUAUGAUUCUAUGAAGAAGCUAUAAGAAACUAUGAUUGGAAAUUUUCCAGAAAGAUGUUAAUACUAUAGGAUAUUUCCAAGCAAUUUUCCUGAGAAAUAUAUGAUCUGGGACAGACUGUCUUGCAGUUAAUUGCAGAGAGUCAGAACAGCAUGAAAAACACACUAUUUGGAUAGGGAUUUGAGCUACUGAACAUACUCUAUUGUGAGAUGAUCUCUUUAUUUCUGAAUAAUGAAAGAGCAAGCAGUACUUUGGUGCUGCCAUCAAUGAGGCACUUUUUAUGGGCCCAGUAGAGGAUACCGUGUGCUGUUAGACCAGUAUCAUGUCUAGAAUCUUAUCAAAAUUUUAUUUUCUGUCAAUAUGACACACUGGAAAGUGACAGAAUCUGUUAGGUUGAGGCCCAUACAUUUACAGUUUAUUGAAAAGUAGAUUUAUAACUUUCUCCAUUCCCAGUGAAAAGCCUUAUGCUAUAUUUUUACCAUCACUAAUAUUAGGAAGUGUUUCAUUACUAGGAAGGCUUAGUACAACAGGAGAUUUGCUGUUGCUCACGUAAAUACUAUUUUGCCUAUCAGAAUAUAUACAAGUGAAAAUUUCACCUACACUAACAUUAUGUCUUUGCCACUUUAGAUUUGUUUGAUGUUUUAUUAAGCAAAAUUGUUAACCACAAACCCAUUGUUUAUCUUAGAGAGAUAAUAUAUACUCACACAUACCAUAAAAGUACUCAGCAGGGCUAGUUAAUCAGAUUUCUUGCACAAGUAUUUAGCUUUUUGUAAGUUCAACAUGUAAAUUUUAAAGACAUAAUAUAGAGAGACCAAUGUGUUUGAAAUAUAAAUGAUAUAUAUGGAUUAGCAUGUACCUGUAUAUUAUUAAACAUGAAAUGAACUGACUGGUAAGUGAUGUCUAAUUGUAUGGCUAGCAAUGUAAUUUAUUCAGACUGUAUUUUUGUACAGAGCAGCGCACACUAACCUAUGCCUCUGUGUCCUCUUUAAUGCCUAAAACUGUGCCUAGAAAUUUCAUCUGUCUUAAAUAAAGUAUACUUCAUGCUGUUUAUGCUAUUAGUUCUCUACUGCUAUUCUGUAUUUAUUAUUUUAAAUAUAUGACAUGUUUACUACUUAAAUAUGAAUUUAUGGAAUCCUGGUUACUUUUUUUUAACAUCCAUCUGGGGGAAACUUGUUUAUUGCUUCAGUGAUUUGACUUUGCAAUUUCAUGUUCAGGUCUUCAUUUCAUGAUUUUUGUAGUUGACAUGAAGUUAUCUAU